AUGACUGCUUUCAAUUUCUCGACCACUGGGUCGGAAGUAGUUGCUGCCUUAGCAGAUCGAGUCACCGGGAAGACAUUUGCUGAGAAGCCAUUAGUUGUGAUUACUGGAGCCAGUCAUGGAGGACUUGGAGCCCACACAUGCCUCUGCCUAGCAGCCGCCAAUCCUGCGGAGAUCAUCCUUCUUGGGCGCUCCGAGGAGAAAGUUUCCCCAGUCAUCAAGGAGAUCAGCAGUAUCAGCCCCUCGACCGUUGUUCGAUUUAUCAAAAUUGACCUCUUGUCCUGCGCAUCGGUGCGCGCCACGGCAGCAGAGAUCAAUGCGUCUGUCUCUAAGAUCGACGUCCUCCUUGAAGCGUCUGGUGGUGGCGCUCGUAUCGUUAAUGUAGCCAGUGCUAUGUACCAGCUCAGCCCAGUCAUGUUUGACAAUUACAACUUCUCCAACGGAAAGACCUACAACGCUUGGGAAGCUUACGGCCAGUCCAAGACAGCGAAUAUUUUGUUUGCCGUUGCAUUGGCCGAGAAACUGGAGAAGAAGGAAAUCAAGUCCUAUUUCUUGCAUCCUGGAGUGAUACACACAACGGGCCUGUCCGAAGUGGAUCAGGAAGCGUGGCCAAUUGUGGGAGCUUUGUUUGAAAGCAAGAAGCUGGAGAUGCCAAAGGAAAAGACCAUCGGGCAAGGCUGCGCAACUACUCUUGCUGCGGCCCUAGACCCUGCCCUGGACGAUCACUCAGGGUCUUUUUUGAAUGACUGUAAUCCAGAAAAUGUUUUGGACUACGCCUCUGACAUCGUCAAUGCAGACAAGUUGUGGUGUCUCAGUGAGGCAAUUGUCGGGGAAGAAUUCCAUUACUGA